GUCAGGAUUUUCAAGACCCACGCACAAAAUCCAAGACACACAGAAACUUGAAUCGUCGAAGAAUGACGAAGUCAUUUACUACAGCCCAGUAUAGGGGCGUGCACGGACUCCCUCGCAAGAAACAUGGGAUGGUUGGCGGUGCUACGGUAGCCGUGGAUAGCCUGUCUUUUUGGCUGUUCUCGCUACAGUACCAUUUGCUUGCUGCAGUUGCGGUACCCGAAGGGAGGGUCAGAAAUUGGCGUGGACAUGAUUGGCUCCAUUCCGGUCUGUUGCAUUCCGUUGUUGAGCUCGGCACCGGGCAGCAUCCCCUACCAGCCUCCGUUCUGUUCAGUCCUCCGUUGUCCGGCCUUCUGAACGGGGCUCCUAAACAACAGAAGCCAAGCUGCCUCUUUACCGUCUCUUCAAAAGGUGAAACAAAUGCCCUGAGUCGUGGUUCUCUUGGCCAUGCUUGGCUCACCGAGAUCACAGCUGAUCUCUGGCUGUUAUCACACAACGGUGAAAGUGUCUGUGAGAGGGUGACGGUGCAGCGAGGUGCCACAAGGACGGAGCGGCGCCAUAAUGGAGCCCAGCCUGUGUUCAGAGAAGAGGGACCCGACCCGACCUCCUCCGGUGAAGUCGGACCCCCUGACACCCUGACAUUCCGAACUUCUUUCGGCCCUCUCCUGGGUCUUUCGACGGUAUCCCGGCGAUUGGACGUCGGAGGGAUACGUACCAGUGCGAGUACCACCCUCUCUUCAGAAGCUCCAGAAGACAGAGGUGCUCCAAUCCGAAGUUCCAGCGAGCGUACUCGGUUCCCACUCCAUCCAUCCACUGGAAUCAAUGAAAAAAAAAUUCAAUCAGCGAGAUCAGAAUCUGCCAACAACGCAAAGGUUAGCUGGGUAGACUCGAAAUGAUCCCUGGGUAGACUAAACCCACUUUUUCGGGCGCCCAGCCA